AUGGCGCUGCCAAAGAGCCAGGUCUUGGCCAUGGACACGGGCCCGGCCCUAGAAGGCGAUCGCCUCGGCCCGGCACUCUUCGCCGCAGUGUCCAAGGCCUUGGAUCCCGUGUUCAUGGCAUCUUGGCCUUCACAAAGCUCCGCGUCCAGCAGGUUUUUCGAGGAUGUGCUUGCGGGCGACGAGGAUGCCACAGAUGCAUUGGCACAGAAGUUCACUCCUGAGGUGCUCUCGGGCCUGUGCCAAGGCGCGCUGGCGCGGGCGCGGGCGCCCGCGGCGCAGCUGCGGCUCUGGGAGCUGCGAGCGGACCGCGGCCGCGAGGGGAGCUGGGCGGAGCACGUGGCGGCGCUCCACCAGUUGGAGCGGCACGGCUUCUCUGGUGGCCAGAAGGGCUUUCAGGAGUUCGAGGCCGUGCUGUCCCUCCAUUGCCAGAAGGAUCCCGCGCUGGAGGCAGAGCGCCGCGCCGUCCAGGAGAUCCUGGACCUGCGGGUCUUGGAUGCCCAGGUGGCGAAGGCGGAGAAGCAGCCGGGGGCGCACGGGGUGACGCUGAGGCAAUGCUACGAGGUCAUUGAGUCGUCCUUGGCGGAGUGGCUGUCAGAGGACAAGUGGCGAGAGCUCCUUGCAGCCGCCCAGAAGGAGGAUGGCCCCCCGGUGCGCAUCGCGCGGGGUGUGAUCCGGGCUGCUAGUGAUGACCUCACCGGCCGCCAAGCGCGCAGUUUGGGCGUAGACUCCGCCACGCUCGGGGCUGUCUAUGGCCACUUCUGCAGCGUGGACCCCUUUUUGGCGAGCCGGUCUGCACACCUUCAGGAGCAGAUCAUGCAGCUUUCGAAGAAGCUCACCGCAGAGUUUCCGACUCCUGCGGCGCAGCCUGCACUGGCGGCGCAGCCGCAAAAGGCGCCCAAAUCGGGGUACAAGGAGCAGUCUGAGGUGGAGGUUCUAGUGCACAUUGACCGAGACUUGAACCUGUUCAGCAAGUUCAAGCUCCCUGGUGGCUCCACAGGGACCGCGGUGAAGGAGAAAGUCGCCAGCUUCAACGCGAUGGGCGCGGCGGUUUUCCAGUUGUGCCUGCCGAGCGGACGCGCGCUGGGUGAUAAGGACCUGGUCACUGACGGGAUGGAGCUGGACGUGAGGGAUGGUUGA